CAUGAAAAUUAGAAGAAUGUAAAACAGAGCAUCGAAGAUCUCUUUUGCGCGCGGGAAGAGAAGAAGGGUUUAUCAUCUACCACACUGAAGUGCUGAAUCUUCGAAAUCGAAAAAGUCCCACAAACUAGCCAUGGGUUUGCAUCCACUACCUUUCCUGAACGCCUUUAGCUCAACAUUCUUUACUACCUUUCUCCUCCUCCGACCGAUAAUCGCCGGAAGCAACUCACCUGUUCAUCACUACGAUUCACAGCAUGCUAUCGCCGUCAACUGCGGUUUCCCCCGCAACUCCACAGCACUUAACGGCAGACAAUGGGUUGGAGAAACAGAUUCUGCUACCAUACUUUUUCAUGGACCUGGAAGUCAAUCAGUCAGCCCUUACUCCAUUCACAACCUCCUCGAUCCGACUCCCUAUAUGACAGCUAGAGCUUCUCGUUCAUCCUUCACCUACGCCUUCCAUGUUGGCUCCGGCUACAAGUUCAUCCGCUUCCACUUCUACCCAGCUUCUUACUCUGGUUUCAAAAAGUCAAUGGCCUUCAUAACUGUAAAAUCAGGUCCGUAUACACUCCUCAACAAUUUCAGUGCUUUCCUAACAGCCGAUUCUCUCGGCCUGAAAUCCGUUGUAAAAGAAUUCACCCUUUAUGUCCCUCACGACGACGAACCCUUAUCAAUUACUUUCUCCUCCUCAAGAGCAAUCCCUUCUGAUGAUGAGACAUUUGCAUUUGUAAAUGGAAUUGAAGUCGUUCCCAUGCCGCUGGGACUUUACUACACCAUGGAGGGAGAUGCAGAGGCUUAUGCUGUAGGGCAGAACUACCGACCUCCCAUCAGUCAAGCCACUGCAAUGGAGAUGGCCCAUCGGUUAAACGUUGGUGGCAGCUCACUUUCAUCUUCUCACGACACAAGUAUGUUCAGGGAGUGGACCAGCGAUUCAAACCAUCUCAUAGAAUCAAGUGUUUUACCCAUCACGUCAAUAAAUCGGAUCAAGUAUACAGAAAAAUCAAAAAACGGUGCACCACAACGACUGUACCAGACGUCUUGGUCUAUGAACAGAAAUACAAAAGUGGGUGAAAAAGUUAGUUUUACAUGGAAGUUACUUGUGGAUUCGGGUUUCAGGUAUCUCAUCAGAUUGCAUUUUUGUGAGCUUGAUUAUGAGGUGAAGGAAAGUGGGCAAAAGGAGUUUAGUAUUCUAAUUAACAAUCAAAUUGUUGAGCGCAGAGGAGAUUUGAUCAGAUGGGGUGGCGAGAUUGGAGUUGCAAUCCAUAAAGAUUACUUGGUGACAGUAAGAGGAGACAGAAUGAUGGGCAAGAAAGAUCUAUUUGUAGCUUUGUACCCUGGUAACGAGGAUCAAUCAACUGAAUUUAUUGACGCAGUUCUUAAAGGAAUUGAAGUUUUCAAACUGAGUAACCCGGAUGAUAAUCUUGCUGGGGUGAAUCCAGUCAUCUCCCGGCCUCAUGCUCCGAUUAACCAAAUACUUAAAAGGCUGACUACAACAGGUAGAAAUUACAUUGCAACUCUUGUUAUAAUUGUGAUUACUCUUCUCAAUGUCAUCGUUCACCAAAUUUGUGAAUGGAGAGAAAACAUUUGGAGUAAAAACAUUUCGCCAUCACUACUAGAUGAGGAAUUCUGUCGUAGAUUUUCAUUUAAUGAGAUCUCAUUGGCGACCAACAACUUUGAUAAAGAAUUAGAGAUUGGACAUGGAGGCUUCGGUAAGGUCUACAAAGGGGUUAUUGAUCGCAAGACGAAAACAGUUGCAAUUAAAAGGUUAAGUCAUGAAUCUAAGCAGGGAGAGAAAGAAUUUAGGUCAGAAAUUGAUAUUCUUUCCAAGCUUCGACACAAACACCUUGUCUCUCUGAUAGGAUAUUGCAAUGAGGGUCGUGAAAUGAUACUUGUUUACGAGUACAUGGAACAUGGAACUCUCGCAGAUCAUCUUCACAAGAAAAAACGUGAUGGUAGUUACAAGGAAAACGUGACUCCUCCUCUCUCAUGGGAGCAAAGGCUCAAUGUAUGCUUGGGUGCUGCUCGAGGGUUAGAUUACCUGCACACCAAUAGUGAACAGGACACCAUACAUAGAGAUGUGAAGAGCGAAAACAUUUUGUUGGAUAGAGAUUGGGUGGCCAAAAUUGCAGAUCUUGGCAUAAGCAAAGUAGGAACUAAGAGCAAUACUCGCACCCAUAUUAGUACCGAUGUAAAGGGGACUAUUGGUUACCUAGAUCCUUCGUAUUCCUUGACGCGUAGGCUAACCAAGAAAUCUGAUGUUUAUGCGUUCGGUGUGGUGCUGUGGGAAGCAUUAUGUGGGAGGCCAGCUGUUGAUACUAGAAUAGAAGGCGAACAGCGCAGCCUGGUUUUGUGGGUUCAAAGCUGCUUCAAGCUAGGAAUAGUUGACGCAAUCAUUGAUUCCAGUUUGAGGGAACAAAUAUCAACUGGUUCCCUCAAAUUGUACCUUGAUCUUGCAAACGAAUGCUUGCAUAACCAGAGUAAUGAACGACCUACAAUGGCUGAAGUCACACAUGGUCUUGAAUCUGUAUUGGCGGCUGCUAUAUCUGAAGGUUCAUUCUCUUCCACCUCCUCUGGGACACUAGAAUUGGAUGAUAAUAACAUGCAGCAAAAAAAGAUGACUGAUGGCAACUUCUUACAAAGGAGUAUCCAAACUUUAAUUAGAAGCAUAGAUAUUCGACGGAGAAAGAGAUUGGAUCCUCAUUUACCCUUCCGUCGUUUUUCUCUUGAUGAGGUUAGAACGGCAACACGCAACUUCAGUAACGUUAUUGGAAGAGGUGGUUCUGGAAAAUGUUACAAAGGAAGGAUUGAUGAUGGAACCACCGUUGUUGCAAUCAAAGAGAAAGAGCCAGUGUUUGAAGACUUACAAAAUGAACUCUGGAUUAUGUCACAUAUUAAUCAUCCUAAAAUAGUCAAUUUCAUUGGGUACUGCAUUAAGGAAGGCAAAAUGUUGGUUUUGUUGGAAUAUAUGAAUAACGGGUCCCUAUAUGAUCAUCUCCAUGAUAAGAAGAAGAAUCGUCUUCCCUGGAAAAAGAGGCUGGAGAUAUGCAUUGGUACUGCUCAGGGACUACACUACCUUCAUUCUGAGAUGUCACAAAAAAGAGUGAUCCAUUGCUGUAUGCAGUCGAGUAAUAUCCUUCUAGACAGAAGCUUGGUCGCAAAGAUUUCAGACUUUGAUUUUGCAUCGGCUGCAUUGAGUUCCUCUACCCAUGUCAGCGCGGAUUUACAUGGAAGCUAUGGCUACAUAGAUCCGGAGUACUUCUUGACCGGCCAUAUUACAACACAAUCCGAUGUCUACGCUUUUGGUGUGGUAUUGCUAGAGGUACUUUGUGCCAAGAAAUCUAUUGAUGUAUUUGAUGAAGAACAAGACUUCAUAGUCAACUACAUAAGAAACAUCAUCCAAGAGAGUACAAUAGACGAUGUCGUGGACUCAUAUCUAGUGGGAAAGAUUGCUCCGGACUGCUUGAUUCAGUACUUGCGGAUUGCGAUGAAUUGCGUGGAAGAUAGGGGAAUAGAGAGGCCAUCAAUGGAGGCGGUGUUGUUGGGCCUGCGCAACACACUAGAGUUACAAGAGAGAUGGCAGUUAGAGUGUGAAGACUUGAGCUCAUGA